AUCAUUUAAUGAACAAGACGCGACAGUAAAUUCAGGUAGUCCGUGUUUUAGGAGACACAACUUGGCCUUGAGCACCGCGCUGUUGGAGGUGUCCCGUUCAGCUCCAGCUGUUGGAUGAGCUUUCAUGUUACAAAAGUGUGGAGGAUGAGCUCAGGCAGUGGGACCAGGAGGAAAGGCAGUAAGCUGCAGCAUUUCAACAGCAUGGUGGCAUUUGACCCUGAAACACUGACUGAGGUUCAAGGUCUUUUUAGUAAAGUUAGAACUUAUGUGAAACCGCCCAAUGGGGAGUGGAGUAUCCCCGAUCCAAAUGCUGCUCUCAGACACCCAGCGGAGGAGCACUGCCGGCUGCAGGCCCUGAAGGUGUCGCUGAACGCCGUAAAGAACCAGCUCAGUGACAAGAACGUCCAGGUCUGGCAUCAACACACCAACUCCACUAAUCGAGCCGGGAAGGUGAUUGCUGCUGUACGUUCUGCUGCCAACGCGGAGAUCUGCACGCAGGCCUGGUGCAAGUUCUACGAGAUCCUGGGAACCUUUAAUCUUCUUCCAGGGGAGGCUCUUCAAAGUGGAGAGCUGAACACGGUCCACCUGUGUGAAGCUCCAGGGGCCUUUAUAACCGCUCUGAACCACUACAUCAAAACCAACGAGUCCACGCGCUACUGCGACUGGAGUUGGGCCGCUAACACUCUCAACCCGUACCACGAGGCCAACGGGGGGAGCACGACCAUAGCAGACGAUCGGUUAAUCGCUAACACGCUGCCCUGGUGGUUCUUUGGCUCUGAUAACACAGGCAACAUCAUGGUCCAGAAACACCUGCUGGAGCUGCAGGUGUUUGUUUCUAACAUGUGCAGAGUUGAUAUGGUGACGGCUGAUGGUAGUUUUGACUGCCAGGAGAACCCGGAUGAGCAGGAGGCGCUGGUGGCGUCACUGCAUUACUGCGAGGUCACAGCUGCACUGCUGCUUCUGAGCCCCGGUGGCUCCCUUGUGCUAAAAAUGUUCACCUUGUAUGAACACUCAUCUGUCUGCUUAUUGUACCUGUUGAACUGCUGUUUCCGCUCUGUCAACGUCUUCAAACCUGCCACCAGCAAAGCAGGCAACUCUGAGGUUUAUGUUGUGUGUCUGAAUUAUGAGGGCAAAAAAGCUGUGAGGCCUCUGCUCUCAAAACUCAUUCGUAAUUAUGGACCACAUCUGGCUGACCGAGAGGCGCUUUUCCCAAAUGCGCUUAUUCCAGGUUCAUUUCAGAAACAGCAUGAAGAAGUCUGUUCUUACUUCCACACGCUGCAGGUGGAGACGAUCACAGAAAACCUGCGACUGUUUGAAGGCAUGAGCACAGAGCAGAGGCAGCGGCUCGAACACAUCAGGGACAAAAUCGCUUACGAAUACCUGCAGCGAUUCCAGGUGAGCUUCCUUCCACGGAGCCGAUGGAUCUCCCGUAACAUGGUGAGUCCCGCCUGCUGCAGCGUCUCAGCAGGGCGACCUCUGGGACAGAAGAAGCAAACAGGCUCCUUUAAUGAGCGGAGGGAGCUGCAGACCCUGACCUGGAGGGAGCGCAUCGAGAGGGGUUACCAUGCCACCUGGAUACAGAGACACUGCACUGAGGCGAGUGGGACAGGCUGUGUUCUGGAAGGCCCCCUGUCCAAGUGUCAUGUGGACUCGUGGUAUGUUAUCGUUGGAGCUGCACUGCCUACACUCAGAAACUCUCCGUUCUGUGAAGGAGGACUGUUAAACCACUUGAAUGAAGCCCUGAUGGACACAGUAGUAGACUGGACUCGUGUACCACCCUGUAACUCAUGCCAGGUGGUUUGCACAACCUCUAUUUUGUCCAGUGUUGCAGGUAUUUGCGUCUUCAAAGGCGACAGUGAUGGGAACAAAAAGAAAAGGCAGUGUCUGGUGUUUGGCAGCUGCUCAGUGUGGGAUGCCUGUGAGAGCCAAAUUGGGGAUUUAGUCUUAACAUUUUCUGCAGAGCCUUCAUUUCCUCAAAGAGACUGCCUCAUGUUGCAUGAUGGGGAACCACUGUACCAGCAGCAGCUCCUAGGCUGUGUUGUGUUUUCCCUGCAGACCCUAAACUCUGGGGAUGCCCUGCUGCUGCCUGUGUUUUCUGCCCUCACCCGUGUCACAGCAGCUGUUGUUCUCUGCUUGCAUGUGUGUUUUCGCUCAGUCACAUUCAGGUGUCCGCCCCCCUCCGGUGUAGUCGGGACAGUGCUUGUGUGUGUUGGCUUCUGCCCUGAAGCUGCUGCUCGGAUUCUCCCUGUUCUCACUGACGUCCAUAAGUGCAUGAGUCAGCUGUUGAAAGGAGAGGAGGGAAAAAGUCAGUCUUCUGGCCAGGACAGACAGGUGCUGCAGUUUGUUCCCAUGGAGGAACUGCUCACUGGAGGACUGACUGAGUUCCUGUGGACCAUGAACUCUGAAAUCAUCCAACAGAAGCUGCAUCUGCUCAUGCAAUUAUAGCGCAGGUUAUUGAGCUGUGACUCUCAGAUAUGUGCUGUCGUUUCAGGACUGGUCUCAUUAUGUUACAGUCUGUUUUAUUCUUGCUGAAGCAGUGGACUCGGCACAGCUGCUUGAGCUUCCAUCUGCAGUUAGUCAAGGAAGCAUUUUUGUGUCAUUGCACUCCUUUAAUAAUGUGGUACUCUGGAUGGACGGUUAAAAAAAAUAAGGAUCAACAUUUAUGCAGCAGAACCAAAGAAAUUUUUAUUUGAUGCAUUCUCCUUCCAUGUCAAAACCUGGCAUCUGUCCACAGUGCAGCUCAACUGCUGACAGUUAGGUCUUAGAUUUGUGUGUGUUAUGCUAGUAGCAGCUAGCUCAAGCAGAGAUGAGGAGUGGGCUACAGAGGUCUGAUAAACUUAGUUCUUUCAAACCCCACACCUUUAGAUAUUUUUUAUUUACAAACUACAAAACUAGUCUUUAGACUAAAAUGAGAUAAUUUCAGGACCUCUGAAAGACCUCCCCAAACGACCUCUGAACAGACAAUGUGUUCCCCUGUAAGUCUUAUGAUGGUGAUCCCCAGCAGAGAUGGGUCUGCUGCUUGGACUUAUUGUAGUAAUGUAGAAACUAAAAUCACUGACUUUUGACUUUUGUAGAAUGGCAUCAUGCAGGCAAACUUUGAGAGGACACCGUACCUGAGAUUACCAUACCACUGGAAUCCGUAAUGAGUUUAGACUGUAAGGCAAACAUUGAAACUAACGUGGGUGUGGCAAUAUUCAACUGAAGCUUGACUAGUACAUCAGCAUGGCAGAUAUUAUUGGCUGAUUGUAGCUUUUCACAGAUACACUGGGAUCAGCCUGUAUAUCGGCAUAUUGGCAUUGCCAUGACAUGGUUUGUCUACUAAAGAGCUCUGACAAGUUCAUUUUUCAGCUUGUAAAAUGUCCAGUUCAGUCAAAUCCUAGUCACAAAUAUUUUAAAGUUUCUAAACUUCACAUGUGCUCAUAUAUAUAUAUCUAAAUUCAGCCUUAACUUUACCAGUUAGCUUUCAACUUCAUUUGAGUUCAGAAGCAUGUUAGUUAGCUACAGAUACAGCAAUCUACGACCUACAGGCGAGAACAACACUGUCUGAUGAUACAAACUGGCAAGGCAUGAAAAUGCUUAUUACUUUCAGUACUUGAUCAGCAGAACUCGUCCGUGACUAAAUUCACUGAGGAUUUGAGGGAACAAACAACAAACAACAGUCCAACCCUCAGCACCAAACCUCCUGUCAGUCACAGAUGGUUUGUGUUGAAAUCCACAUCACACAGAGCCUGGAGUUUACCCUGAAGUGCCUGUUGUCUUUAACAACACGAUUUCAUCCCAGGAUGUUGGGGAUCUUUCCCUUUUUUUUCUUUUUUAAUCUUUUAGCCACCAUGCAGCUUGUAGCCAACUUGCUGUUUCCUAAUUAAUUUCUCUCUUUUCUGUCCAGUGAGAAAAAGUUUCCAUCCUCAUAUGAAAAGAUAGUUUAAGUGCACUGAAAUCUUUUAUACUUCAUGGUCUAUACAACUAGGGAGCUGUCGAAAAAAAAGAAAUGCACCCAUUAGCUUCAGUAAAAACAUGCUAUUUGUUUAUUUGUUGUUUUUUUGUUUUUUGUUUCUGAUAUUUAAUAUCAGUAAAAUGUUACUGAGAUUAUUUUCAUACAUAAUAAAAAUUUGC